AUGCACUUUCUGCUCCUGUUGCUGUUCGCCAUCCUUUCGACAUCCGACGCUACCGUAGCGACUGAAGGCCAAACCAGCAUCCUGCAGGCCAAUACCCAGCGUUUACUCACGAAGGGUGAUGCUCACGAUGCCGAGACCGAGGAAAGAGGGGUCCUUUCCGCAAGCCUAGCGAAGAUCAAGGGUAUGUUCGGCAAAAACAAAAACAUCGCCCUAGACAACAAGGUCAACAGCUUGCGCAAGGAUCCUGGCGUGGCCGCAGCUCUGGAAAGCCCUGCCCUUAAAAAGCUGGAGACGGCAGUGGAGAAGGACCCGAGGUUCUUCUCCAACUUAAGAAGCCAUUCCCGAAUCUGUCAAGAUAUUGGCGGAUAUGGCACGAGUUGCGUCUGCGCUGGAGAAGUCGAACGUCAAGAUCACCAAGAACGACAUUAA